UAAUACAAUCAUCUCACGUGACGUCAUGUAAAGGACACGUGUGCGUCCUCAAAUUAGGUAUUUCACACAUCAUCUUGUCGUAUAAAAAGCUGCCGCCCCCUAACCUUGUUUUCCUGAGUACGGGUUCCAGAUCUGAAAGCUCUGACAAGCACCUCCUAUCAGCUAUUAUGACUCAAAUCAAUUUACCAUUCCAAGUUGGUCAAAUUGUCGAAGUGAAAUCCUUUAUCAACGGAUACCGCGGAGCUUGGUUUCGAUGCAAGAUAACGGAGAUAACCAAUGAAAAUGGUGAACUUAGAUAUAAGCUAAAGUAUCUUGACUUUCCAGGCGAAGAGAUAGAUAAUGCGCUAGUGUUUGAAACGCCUGAAGGUGGGACGAAGAGUCAACUAAUGGUUCGUCCCACGUAUCCACCACAUUACCAUGAAAGUGAAGACCUUAAUCUCAAGGGUGAGACAGAACCUCUUGUCGUCGUACAUGAGUCUUGGAAAGUUGGAGAUUUAGUUGAUUGGUGGAGAGAUAAAUGUUACUGGUCUGGAGAAAUUGUGGCGCUGCAGGGUAAGCAAUUAUGCCAGAUUGAGUUGCUUCCUAAACCAGAGGGUGAAGGAGAUGUUUAUCGAGGUUUGAAAAAGAAUUUGCGUCCACGGUUGGAUUGGUCUGUGGAAGACGGUUGGAAAGUGCCUAGUACUGUGGAUGGGGAAAAGUGUGCUAAGCUUGUGAAACCUAAGAAUGAAGAUGAAGAAAUGGAAGAUGUUCCCGAAACCGGAGAAGAGCAAACAAAGGAAGACACACAGCAAGUGCAAGGCGAUGAAGGUCUUAGACUAAACAUCAUGGAAUCUGAUUCCAUUGAAGCUGCUGUUUUGGACAUUGAAGAGCUUAUUGUUCGACUUGGGUGGCUAAAAGCCAAACUAGAUCCUGAUCUUGGAGAAGGUGCAAAAUCUUGUUGGAAGUAUGAAGAUCACCGCCCAUCUUCCUCGGGAAAGUGAAUUCACAAUCGUAGAAGAAACUGAAGUUGUUUAUGAAGAAUAGAGUACAAUGGGGUAGAGACGUACGUGAGUAAGAGAAAGCCAAGUAUAUGAGUAGGUUGUUUAUAUCUUUUUCCAAAAACCUAGAAUGCUUAAAAACUAGUUUCAAGUUCUGUACAUAUGUUUUAGAUUUUGUUGGAAUCGAAUGUGUGCUUGGUAGACAUUUGUAGCUGCUUGACACAAAAGGUCUUUUUAGAGUGAAUUGUUCUCUUCCA